AUAGCUAAAAGUCAAUCAAUGCGCCCUAUCUGAACAAAUGCCCCAUUGUUGCUUUGCUGUUUUGAGGACUGGGCCUGAGCAUUUUGUUACAGGCUAACUGAAAUGUCCAGUGUCACACAGCCGAGUAAGAGAAAGCCUGACACUCACAACUUGUACUUCUGUGUUCCAGGCUGUUACACAAGCUCACUGAGAAGUGCUGUAUACGUCUGAUUUCUCAACUUCACCCUGCAGUAAACUUUUGCAAUGCCGAGGCUAGAGACCUCCUUUGUAAAUGUUGUCUGCCCAGUGCUGGUGUUGGCACCCGGGAGGCCUUAGCUGAUAAAAGGGGAAGAACAUAUGGCUUCCAUCUGAAUACAAAUUGAUGGACAUAACACGGGAAUUCAGCCGCAGUGUCCCCUGUACUGUAAACUGAGAGAGUAUGAGUGCAUGUGUUUACAAACGGCGUCUGAAUUCUCCCACCCCCCUCCACCCCCUUUCCCCUGUAUUUUUAUCGGCCUGAAUCACAGCCAUCCUGUGUCGCAGUCUCACUGUGUUAUUUGUGAAAAUGGCCAGCAUGAGGAAUUAUUAGUUAAAGCUAACAAAUCACCCUGACGAGCUGUGCCCUGGCAUGGCUGAAGGUUGAUUGGCGAAAGUGUUCUUUGGAGAAAAGACUUUUUGUGCUCGUGACGCAGUCAGGGACGGAUUAUUGAAUAUGCAAGUUAGAAGAAAAAUCACAGGACAAGCAAAUUGAGUAUUUACUGGCAAAUAAUUGCUCUCUUAAGCUGUGGCUCUCUUCCUAAAUUCUUAGCAUUCCCGAGGGUUAGAAAGAAACACAGAAAAAUGCAUCGGUACAGAGUUCAUUUCAAAAAAACACACAUAGACUGAUGUCUGGGACUUGUGCAGACUGUUUCAGCAGCAGCAUUGAGUGUUUCACACAACAUUGCUGGCCGGAAGAAGCUUCUCUGGUGAGGAUGGGUGAUGCACUAAUCCCUGGGUAUAUCAGGCAAGAUAUUAUAGGAAGAAGUGUGCACAGACACAGACAUAGUGGAUCCAACGUUCUGAACUGUUUGCUUGGAAGUUUCCGUGACCACCCGUCUUCUGCCUGUUCCUGCUCCUUAUAUGCAGCCACUCUCUGUCCCCUGUCCCAAUGAACAUCUGCACUAGGCCCAAGCCUUGGAGUGAUUUACCUGAAGAGUGACACCAUUUAUCUGGAAACUACUAAAGUGUAACUGAGAGGAAAAGGGUGAAAGAAAUGCAAAAGGGAAACAAUAGGAAGAAACCCAAGACAGCUGAAAACCAGAAGGCAUCUGAGGAGAAUGAGAUUACUCAGCCGGGUGGAUCCAGCGCCAAGCCGGGCCUUCCCUGCCUGAACUUUGAAGCCGUUUUGUCUCCAGACCCAGCCCUCAUCCACUCAACACAUUCACUGACAAACUCUCACGCUCACACCGGGUCGUCUGAUUGUGACAUCAGUUGCAAGGGGAUGACCGAGCGCAUUCACAGCAUCAACCUUCACAACUUCAGCAAUUCCGUGCUCGAGACCCUCAACGAGCAGCGCAACCGUGGCCACUUCUGUGACGUGACGGUUCGCAUCCACGGGAGCAUGCUGCGGGCACACCGCUGCGUGCUGGCAGCCGGCAGCCCCUUCUUCCAAGACAAGCUGCUGCUGGGCUACAGCGACAUCGAAAUCCCGUCGGUGGUGUCCGUACAAUCCGUGCAAAAGCUCAUUGACUUCAUGUACAGCGGUGUGCUGCGAGUCUCACAGUCGGAAGCUCUGCAGAUCCUCACAGCUGCCAGCAUCCUGCAAAUCAAAACAGUCAUAGAUGAAUGCACACGCAUCGUGUCACAAAAUGUGGGCGAUGUGUUUCCGGGCAUCCAGGAUUCUGGCCAGGACACACCAAGAGGCACACCAGAGUCAGGCACCUCUGGCCAGAGCAGUGACACGGAAUCAGGCUACCUGCAGAGCCAUCCACAACACAGUGUGGACCGAAUUUACUCCGCGCUCUACGCUUGCUCCAUGCAAAAUGGCAGCGGUGAGCGCUCCUUCUACAGCGGUGCAGUGGUCAGCCACCAUGAAACAGCACUCGGCCUGCCCCGUGACCACCACAUGGAAGACCCCAGCUGGAUCACACGCAUCCAUGAGCGCUCCCAGCAGAUGGAACGCUACCUGUCCACCACCCCUGAGACCACGCACUGCCGCAAGCAGCCCCGGCCCGUGCGCAUCCAGACCCUGGUGGGAAACAUCCACAUCAAGCAGGAAAUGGAGGAUGACUAUGACUACUAUGGGCAGCAAAGGGUGCAGAUCCUAGAGCGCAAUGAAUCCGAGGAGUGCACUGAAGAUACUGACCAGGCAGAGGGCACAGAGAGCGAGCCCAAAGGCGAAAGCUUUGAUUCUGGGGUCAGCUCCUCUAUUGGCACAGAACCUGACUCAGUGGAGCAACAGUUUGGGGCAGGAGCCACAAGGGAUGGUCAGGUGGAACCCCCUCAACCUGAGCAGGCAGUAGAAGCCCCAGCUGAGGGCAGUGCCCAGCCAAACCAGCUAGAAACAGGUGCCUCCUCUCCCGAAAGAAGCAACGAGGUAGAGAUGGAAAACACAGUCAUCACUGUCAGUAACAGCUCUGAUAAGGGCGUCCUACAGCAGCCUUCAGUCAACACAUCCAUUGGGCAACCAUUGCCAAGUACCCAGCUCUAUUUACGCCAGACAGAAACCCUCACCAGCAACCUGAGGAUGCCUCUGACCUUGACCAGCAACACACAGGUCAUUGGCACAGCUGGCAACACCUACCUGCCAGCCCUCUUCACUACCCAGCCCGCGGGCAGUGGCCCUAAGCCUUUUCUCUUCAGCCUGCCACAGCCCCUGACAGGCCAGCAGACCCAGUUUGUGACAGUGUCCCAGCCCGGCCUGUCCACCUUUACUGCACAGCUGCCAGCGCCACAGCCCCUGGCAUCAUCUGCAGGCCACAGCACAGCCAGUGGGCAAGGCGAAAAAAAGCCUUACGAGUGCACUCUCUGCAACAAGACUUUCACAGCCAAACAGAACUACGUCAAGCACAUGUUCGUACAUACAGGUGAGAAGCCCCACCAAUGCAGCAUCUGUUGGCGCUCCUUCUCCUUGAAGGAUUACCUUAUCAAGCACAUGGUGACACACACAGGAGUGAGAGCAUACCAGUGCAGUAUCUGCAACAAGCGCUUCACCCAGAAGAGCUCCCUCAACGUUCACAUGCGCCUGCACCGCGGGGAGAAGUCCUACGAGUGCUACAUCUGCAAAAAGAAGUUCUCCCACAAGACCCUGCUGGAGCGACAUGUGGCCCUGCACAGUGCCAGCAACGGGACCCCUCCUGCAGGCACACCCCCAGGUGCCCGUGCAGGCCCACCAGGCGUGGUGGCCUGCACAGAGGGGACCACUUACGUCUGCUCCGUCUGCCCAGCAAAGUUUGACCAAAUCGAGCAGUUCAACGACCACAUGAGGAUGCAUGUGUCUGACGGAUAAGUAGUCCCUUUCUCUCUUUCUUAUGAACCAAACAAAACAACAACAACAGAAACAAACAAACAGACAAAAAGCUAUGGCACUAGAAUUUAAGAAAUGUUUUGGUUUCAUUUUUACUUUGUUUUUGUUUUUGUUCCGUUUCAUUUUGUACUACAUGAAGAACUGUUUUUUGCCUGCUGGUACAUUACAUUUCUGGAGGCUUGGGUGAAUAAUACUUUUCCCAGUCUCCCUUGGAUGGUGGCCUUAAGGCCUGGUAGUGCUUCAAGAGGUCCACUGGUUGGAUCUCUAGCUACUGGCCUCUAAAUACAACCCUUCUUUACAAAAAACAAAACAAAACAAGAAAAAAAAAAAAAAAAAAAAAACAAAAAAAGCAAAAAAACAAAAAAAAAAACAAAAACAAAAACCACACACACAAAAAAACAAAAACAAAAGAAAAAAAUCUUUUAAAAAAGUUUAAAAAAAAAGCUUAAAAAAAGAAAAAAAUUGUUUUUUCCACUCGUGAAGAGCACUACAAAAUCUAUUAUGAAAUGUAAAGGCCUGCUGUCUUUAAGUACACCGCUCACAGUGUUUCAGUGGACAUUUCACAAUUCUGGCCACUUGGACUUCACAGUAAGCAGUUAAAACUGUGGAAUAUCACUUCUGGUUGAAAACCCAGAGGAAAGGCCCUGCUGUUUUCACCUACCACGUUGUCUGAUUUCAUUAAAGGGCUCUAGGAUGGGAGGGGGCAGCGAGUCCAGUGGUGUAGGGGGAAAGUGGUGUGGCAGGCUUCCGCUCACCCUGGCCCACCUCCUCCACAUCCCCGCCCCUUUCAGCAGAAGCCAGGAAGACUUGGACAAGCAACAAGCAACAGUGGCUGUCUUAUUUAUUCAGUGUCUUCGCUGAGCCAUGGCCUCAGCACAAUCAAGAGGGACUUUCAUGAAAGGCAGGAAUGCAGAUAAAACAAAGAUAACAGAUUCAAACCUAUGUUUCUAGGUACAAGAGAAGGAUUAUUUCCAACAAUCUUUGCAAAAAAAAAAAAGUGUCAGGAUAUAUUCUUGUGGAAGAGAAAAAGAGAGAAAGGGAGGGUGGGGGGAACAGUAAAUGUUCUUGAGGCUUUUUUAAUUCAAAAUUUUAUAGAGGGGCAAAAGUGAUGUUUACCGGAUAGAAUGCUGAAUUUUUUAAUAUAUUUACAACAGUAUUUGUGUAAAAAAAAAAACAAAAAAGUGAGAUUGUUAAAAGUAAUUUUUUUCUCAUUUUGGUUUUGCAUACACUGCCACCAGUCCCUUCUCUUUUACUUUGUCUCUCACACACAUAUAUAUAUUUUUUGGUAAGUCAAGACUGUUAAGGUUAGCGAUACUGCUUCCAGAGAGAAAGAAUAAAAGGCAACUAAAGUUAUAUUUGAAAGAGAGGAAGGAUAUUUUCUUCAUAUUUUUUUCUUAAUUUUUAUUAUUUUAAGUAUUGCCUGGGUUGCUGAGGGCCUCCGAGGCCCGCCCACCCCUGCUGUAAUUUCAACUGCUGCUCUGUUUUGAUAUGUAGAUCUUUGACUUCUAGCAAGCUUAAAUUGCUCCACUGAAUCUUUUUCACCAAUCCAUCUAGAGUUCUGUCCUUUUUCAUGGGAGGGACAUGGUAUUUUAGCAGGAGAUUUCUUACUUCUCCAAAAUUUCACUGCGCUCGUAGGAUUCUAGAAUUUCCAUUGACCUUGCUUUUUUCUUUGAUGAAACACUAGUAGUCUAGAAAUCUUGACAAAUGGGUUUGUUUCAUAUAUGGUCAGCCAGGAGGAGGAAUCCGUAAAACUCUGCCAUCCUCCUCACCCUCCCCACUAUGUGACGUCACUAUGAGAAGCCUGUUACAAACCACGAAGCGUCGAUGCCAAAACUCCUUUCUUCCUGUCAAACAUCACCUCCUGACUCUUCCCCUCAUGGCUCAGAGGGCCAAGUAGGAUGAUCAUUUUUUAGUUGAUUAUUAACCCUUGCUUCUUUGGAAAUUAACCAUUUCCCUAUGCUAGCACCCGGCUUUUGAAAGGUCAUGAGUCUCCAGCAUCAUCUCAGAUUCCUUUUUCUAGUUGAGAUUUCUCUCUUCGGUCUUGAUCAAGAAAUCGUAAUAUUUUCAAUUAUAUACAGUGUCCUGAAGGGAUUUCACCUCAAAAAUAGGACUUUUUAAACCUAGCUAAUACUUCCAAAGUAACUUCGUGACUGGGCAUGCUUUAGCACACUUAAAAAGAAAAGUAAACACUCUGAUAAUGCAGAAACACCAACCUACAGUUUUAAAAAGAAGAAAAGAGAGGAUUUUGUUGUUUCUAAAUAGACAAUUGGUUAACUUGGAGCUUUCCCAUAAGUUCUUUGUGAUGUUUAGUAGUUUGUGCAACUGGAGUAUUUGUGGUGUUUGAGUUGGUCUUAUGGUGCUUAAUUCAGUGGAUAUUUUGCUAGAAGUUGUAGUGUGGAUUUGGAUGGGUAACUGACUAAUGUGUAUCACUUCUCGUGAUUUCUAGAGGACAACAAGAACUUUUGUGACCUGCUUUAAAAAGUAGCUUCAGAAAUGUGGAAGUCCUCCCCACCCACCCCCACCCCUCUGCUGGUUUUGCUGUUAAAAGGGUCAGUAGUGACUUAAUGUCUCCUUACCACCAAUAGAUUAAAUAACUAUGUCAUGGAAUCAUUUGGAUAUCUCAAAAAAUGAGUCAUUUAACCCAUCAGGGAAAAAUAAUAGGACUGGCAUUGUGAUAAGUUUUCUUAACCUAGAGGAAAAAAGACAUGAAAUCACUCAUCAUAUAAAACAAAUGAAAGAAGGUCAAAACCUAGUUUUAAUUAUUUUCACUGUUGCCAGGAGUACAUUUAAAAUACUGUCUCUAUUCAAACUUUAGUACAGUAGUCAGGAUUCAUAUUGUUUCUGUGAAAACUUUUCUUGACCAUGUGCCAUUGGGCUACAUGUCCCUGUCUGCUUCUUAAAUCUGAAAGAGACCCAUUUGCCUUAAUGCUGAUGUGCCAUUUUCAACAGCUAAGCAACUGGGUUAAAAAUCCAACAUUUGUUGUGGAACACGUGAAAAAAAGAAAAAGAAAAAGAACACAGAUGACUUGAAACCCUGAUCACACCCUUUCCCUAUAAAGAGAAUGUCUCCUUUAAAAAAGUGUGAGGCUGUCCCUAGGCAUUCUUGGUAAGGUCCUGUUGUGUAGGCUCAUUCCUGCUGUAGUCCCCGCAAACAUCUCACAGCCUAAAAUGUUUGACAUUGUUCUCUAGUAUUGGGAGGACACUCAGUUGGCAUCAGCGUUCUGAAUCAAAGGAGCUUCUAUAGGGCUAGUGCUGUAUAUGUGGCCUCUGAAGGACUGCUUUCCAC